AUGCUGGAGUGCAAGCCACUAUCUACACCAAUGGAGGCAAACAUUAAGCUUUGUGCAGGAGAAGGGAAAGACUUAGAAGAUCCACAGAUGUAUCGACAACUGGUAGGUAUUCUUAUUUAUCUAACCCUUACUCGACCUGACUUAGUAUAUGCAUUUGGAGUAGCAAGUCGCUACAUGCAAAAUCCCAAGAAGGCACACUUGGAAGCAGCUUGGCCGAUACUGCGAUACUUGAAAGGAACUACAGAUUACGAUAUUUUAUACCGUAAAGGUGAAGGAUGCCAAGUAACUGGAUAUUGUGACGCUGACUACGCUGGAGAUUGUGACUCGAGGCGAUCGACUACAGGUUACAUCUUCAGCCUAGGAUCUGGAGUAGUGUCAUGGUGUAGUAAGAGGCAGACUACCGUCUCUCUUUCUACCACCGAAGUUAAGUAUAGAGCAGCAGCUAUGGCAGCACAAAAAAGCACGUGGUUGAUGCAAUUACUGAGAGAUCUUCACCAACCGAUUGAACAAGUAAUACUUCUUUGUGAUAACAGGUCAGCAGUGUGUCUAACAGAAAAUCCAAUGUUUCAUGCUAGAACCAAGCAUAUUGAGGUGCACUACCACUUUCUAAGAGAAAAAGUGCUACAAGGAUAG